UAGUCUUGUUUUACAAAUUCGAUUUCAGCGAGGAUUUGGGCGAUAAACCUGACAGAUUUAUUGUUUCAAUAGAUUUGCAUGGUUUUCAUAUUUUCUAUAAUUUUAAUUUUACACGAUUUGAUCUGUCUCUCAGACAAACAAAACAUCCGGGUUUUGAGAAAAAUCUGAAAUUUCUCACUCUCACUUUCUCUUUCCCUUUCUUCAAUAUUUUUUACGCUGAAAACUUGCCUAGCUUCGUGGCUUUGCCGAGAUUUUUGGUAAUCUUGUUUUAACUUACCUUCUUGAUUCUACUCUGGAUUUUGGUCUUACAAAUCUUCUGGUUUUCUUUAUUUCAAAUUUUGAUCAUCUCUUUUCUUAUGAAAAUUUUUUCUGUUAUAAAAUUAUGUUUCUGAAACAAAAUGUGAGAGAUGACAGGUGUGGUAAAUGGUAGAUUGAAGAUCAAACUUUGAAAUGCAUGGGAAUCAGAGUCAAGAUUUGAGUUUUUGAUCAAAAUUAAAUCUUUUUAUAGAAGCUAACUUCAAGUGUUUAUAGCUGUUGUGUACAUUAUUUUUAGAUGGAUGAAAAUAAAAAUGGCUCAAGAAGAUCAAAAGUGUAGCAAUAUUAGCACCGGUACUUGUGGUGGUGGUGCUGGCGGCAAUUUUGUUAGAUCUUCCAAGAAAAAAAAGCCUAAAAAAGUCCCACAAAGAGGAUUUGGUGUGGCUCAACUUGAAAAAAUUAGACUAGAAGAACAACAAAAGAAAGAUGCAGCUAUUGCUUCAUCAUCUGCUAAUAUGUUACCCACCAAAUCUUCAUCUCUUCCACUUCCAACUCCAAAUUUUCAUCCUUCAACUCAGUCUUCUUCUCCUUCUGCAAUUCCAUUUCUAGCUGAUAUUUCAUCUCCAACUUUGGUGUUUAGGCCUUCUUCUUCAUCACUACAAAUUAUUGAUAUUUUGAAUCCCAACACUGUUCCAUUGACAAACCCUGUCGGGUGGUCAACUGCUUCACUUGAAGGCCAAGAAAACGUUCAUAAAUUGUGGAAUUCUUCUGAGUUUAACAUUGAAAAAGAGAGUUCUGGGGUGGAUCAAGGAUCGGCUUUUCUAUCGAAUUUGAAUCAUUUUUCUCAUGAAUCAAUCCCCAUGUGGCCUCUCCCUAUUCAAAGAGCAGAACAAUUCCAGCAUCAUCCUUCUUCAGUUGUGAAUGAAUCAUCUGCACUAAAUUUUCAGAUGGAGCCCCCUUCAAACCAAAGCUAUUAUGGCAAUUACACACCUAUGUGGCCCGAGAAGAGAAAGAUGGUUGGCAUGAAGAGGUCAUAUCCCUUUCCUCUAGACAAUCCACUAGGUGUCUCAUCUCUCCAUGGCAAAUAUCCGCCAAUUGUUCAUCCUAGAAUCAGCAGGUCGGAGGACUCAGCUUCACGUGGCUGUAGUGGUCACACACUCAAUUUUGAGCCUGUUGGCACACUUUUAAGAGAAGGCUCUUCAUGCUCAACCUUCAUGUUGGAGCCCAAUAAUUCACAGAAAAGCAUAAAAGAAAAUGGACCUCUUCUCACCUUAGCUCCUCUCACAACAAAUUCAAUGUCUGAAGGUUCAAAAAUAAGGCACCCACAACCUUAUCUAGCCUUCCAUAGCACUGAAUUCCCUGAUUUUGAAUCACAACCUUAUCAGGGAAAUGUUGAAGAUCCAAUUCUUCAGCCCGAACCCGGCAGACCAAGUCAUCAGCAACCUUACUAUAGCUUCUUCCCACAAGCAGUGGCAGAAAUAGACCAAGCCACAGGCAGAGUGAAUAACCGUAACAAUGGUGAAGUAGGUGAAAGUGUUGAUCUCAAUUUGAAGUUAUAAAUGUUUAAAGCUCUUAAGCAUUUCUUUGUUAGGCCACUUGGUUAUCUGUAUGAGACCAUACCAAGCAAGACUUCGUUUCCUUUUAUCCUAAAUUAAGUUAACAAUCAGGGUGGCAUGAAAAUUUUAUAAAUUUGCUUAUGCAAGCUUUAGUGUGAAAGGUUAGAAAAAACAAAUCUCGGCCAUGUGAGGGCAGAGAGAAGAGAAAGAUAGGGAGAGGUAAAUUGGUUUGUUUUGAUGAAAGCAAAGUUGGUUGGUUAUGCAAAGUGGGUUUGUUUUCAUUUUUGGUAUCGGUUUUGGUUGGUGAAGGAGUCAGUGAGGCAGGUUUUUGAUUGAUAACAAACUUGUCGCAAUGGAGAGUUGUGGCUGUGGUGUGGACUGUGGAGAUGUUUAAUUAUGCUUUUGUCUUCUUUGUUGGGGUGGGGUCUGGUCUCUAAAUCUGACCCUUCAGUAUGGUUGUGAUGAAAGCAUAAGGCCCACAUUGAGUCAGAGAAGAUAAGAAGGUAGUGCACGAAUAUGAGAGGAAAAGUGUUAUUUGGGUAGCAGCACUCCAGUUGAAUGACUAUUAAAUCAUGCAUUUUUUGUGUUAUUUUCUCCUUGAAACUAAAUCCCAAGUUAUCAUAACAAGAAUUCUUCAUCAAAA